ACAGCGGAAGAUGUUGUGCGAACAGCUCCGGAAACAACCGAACGUGGCCGAAAAGUCCCGAGGGAAGAAGCGUGAAAGUGAGAGUCUGCAGCUCUGAGAGCAGCGCUCCUUCACGGAGGAGCCUUCAUCGUCUGCGCUCCCGGGAGCUCCGCUUCCUCAGGACUCCCAGAAUCAUCUCCCCUCUUCUGGUGGACAUCUUCUUCUUCAGAAGUUCACAGGACUGUGUCUGUGUCUAUGGAUGGAGCUGCGCCUCCUUCCAGCUGGGAUUUCUGGAGCUUUCCUUCAUUUAUCCCAUCAGCCAAGUCGCUGUCUUGGGGGAUAAAUGUGUGUGCCUGCAGCCAAUGAACUCCAGUUUCAGGACCAUAGGAGGUCCCUCACCCCUGAGAUGAUGGAUCUUCAAUUCAGAGGGCUUCUUUCCCUGCUGCUGCUGGCCCAACUGAUCCUGUCUGUUCACACUGACAGCAUGCCAAACUUCAUCAAAGCACCGGAUGACCAAAUAGGGAUUUCUGGAGGCGUGGCAUCUUUUGUUUGUCAGGCAGGAGGGGAGCCCAAACCACGGAUCACCUGGAUGAAAAAGGGAAAGAAGGUCAACUCUCAGCGCUUUGAGGUGAUUGACUUUGACGACGGCGCUGGCUCAGUGCUGCGGAUUCAACCUUUGAGGACCCACAGAGAUGAAGCCCUCUAUGAGUGCACAGCCACCAACAGCGUGGGGGAGAUCAAUACGAGCGCCAAGCUGACGGUGCUGGAGGAGGACCAGAUCCCCCAUGGCUUUCCCUCCAUAGACAUGGGCCCCCAGCUGAAGGUCGUGGAGAGAACCCGCACUGCCACCAUGCUCUGUGCCGCCAGUGGAAAUCCAGACCCAGAGAUCUUCUGGUUCAAAGACUUCUUGCCUGUAGAGAUCGAUAGUGGCAAUGGACGGAUAAAACAGCUGCGCUCAGGUGGUACACCCAUAAGAGGAGCGCUGCAGAUAGAAAACAGCGAGGAGGCGGAUCAGGGCAAAUACGAGUGCGUGGCUGUCAACAGAGCUGGGACUCGGUACUCCGCCCCCGCUAACCUGUAUGUGCGAGAUCAACGGGAAGUCAGGCGUGUGCCUCCUCGUUUCUCCAUUCCCCCCAUCAGCCAGGAAGUAAAGCCAGGCGGCAGCAUCAACCUGACCUGUGUGGCGGUCGGUGCUCCAAUGCCUUACGUCAGGUGGGUGAGUGGAGAGGCGGAGCUGACGCAGGAGGACAAGAUGCCCGUCGGCCGCAACGUCCUGGAGCUCACCAACAUCCACCAAUCAGCCAACUACACAUGUGUGGCCACGUCGUCCCUGGGCACGAUUGAGACCACGGCCCAGGUCUUCGUCAAAGCUCUUCCUAGGAUGCCUACCUCCCUCAUCGUCACGGAAACGACUGCCACCAGCGUCACUCUGACUUGGGACUCUGGGAACCCUGACCCAGUGCCCUACUAUGUGAUCCAGUACCGGUCCAAACUAUCUGAGAAUGGUUUUCAGGAAGUAAACGGCGUAGCCACGACUCGGUACAGCAUUGGCGGACUCAGCCCAUUCUCUGAAUAUGAGUUCCGCGUCAUGGCAGUAAACAACAUCGGGCGGGGGCCUCCGAGCAGCACUGUACACACCCGUACAAGCGAGCAGGCUCCAUCUUCCCCACCUCUCUAUGUGCAAGCCCGUGUGCUGAGCCCCACUACUAUGCUGGUGAGGUGGGACCCCCCAGAGGAGCCCAACGGCCAGAUACAGGGCUACCGCGUUUACUACACUUCAGAGCCCAGUGACCCACUCAGCACCUGGCAGAUACACAACACUGACAAUAGCCAGUUCACCACCAUCUCAGGACUGAAAACAGGCCUCACCUACAGCCUGAGGGUGCUGGCUUUCACCUCUGUGGGGGACGGACCUCCGUCUGAGGUUCUGCGACUCAAAGCUCAGGCGGGAGUUCCAGCUCAACCAGAAGGGUUUGAAGCUGAGACCGAGCUGGACACACGGAUCUGGCUGUCAUGGCUUUGGCCUGUCCAAGAUCCUGUAGUUGGAUAUGAACUUCAUUACUGGGAAGCCAAUACUCCUGAAAAUAAGCACCGUGUCUCUCUGGAUGCUGCGGGCUCCUACGGCGUGGAUGGCCUGAAGCCGGACACGUUGUACGGCUUUUCCCUGGCAGCUCGGUCUGAAAUGGGUUUGGGAGUUUUCACCGAAACCAUUGAAGCCAGAACCGCUCAGUCGAUGACUGGAGCUCCUCCCAGGAGGGUGAAGGCAGAAGCCUUGAACUCCAGUUCCAUCAGGGUGAGCUGGUUGCCCCCCCUGUCAGUGAAACACCAGGGGCAGGUCAUGGGGUACCAUCUAAUCGGCUUUCGGCUGGAGAACGGGCAGCCGCAUGGCCAGCAGAUUCUACUGGACGUGCCGGUUGAUGGAGCUCAGGAGGCUGUCAUAACCGGCCUGCUUCCUGAGACAACAUACUCAGUGACUGUGGCGGCCUACUCCUCCAAAGGUGAUGGAGCUCCUAGCAAGGUCAGGCAGGUGACCACCUCAGGAGCAGUGCCGGGGAAGCCUACCAUGAUGAUCAGCACCAUGAUGGGGAACAUGGCUCUGAUUCAGUGGCAGCCCCCCAAAGAAAUGGUUGGGGAGCUUGUGGGCUUUCAGCUGCAGUACCGAAGAGCUGAUGAAGACGCUUUCUCUGUCAAAGAUUUCAGGAAGACAGAUGAUCACUUUGCUGUCACCGGCCUCCACAAGGGGGCCACCUACACCUUCAAGCUGUCUGCAAAAAACCAAGCAGGUGUCGGUGAGGAGCAUGUCAAGGAGAUCAGUACCCCUGAGGACGUCCCCAGCAGCUACCCUCAGAACCUGGGCGUGGUGGGCCUGGGCUCCACGUCCACCAGACUGGCUUGGGAACCUCCGCCUCCAGCAGAAAGGAACGGCAGGAUCGUCAGGUACAUGAUCGUGUACCGAGAUAUCAACAGUCCGCACAACAGCUCCAACAGCACCCCGGAAACGCAGAUGACGCUUCAGGGUCUGCAGCCAGAAACUACAUAUGACAUCAGGGUCCAAGCCUUCACCAGCAAAGGAGGAGGACCCAUCAGCCCCAGCAUCCAGAUCCGAACCACGCCCACCUCAAUGCCAGUGUUUGCCAAGAACUUUGGAGUGCAGGCUGUGAUGAAGACUUCAGUGCUGUUGACCUGGGAUUUGCCGGACUCAUACGAGCCUCAAGUUCCACUCAAGAUUCUGUACAACCAGAAGAGCGUGGAGGUUGAAGGUGGCCUGAAGAAGAAGCUAAUCACCCAGCUGCAGCCUGACACAGAAUACUCCUUCGUUCUCAUGAGCCGAGGGAAUGGUGCUGGCGCCAUCCAGCAGCAGGUUUCCAUCCGCACCGCUCCAGAUUUGCUGAAUUUCAAACCAGCGCUGUACCCAUCAGACGUGGAGGAGGAUGGUCAAGUGGCCAUUGCUUUGCCCCAGGUUGCUGCUGCAGAUGCUGCUGCCAGGUGGUUCUAUGUGGUGGUCGUCCCAGAUACUACAGGUUCCCUACAAAAAAACCCUGAAGACAUGGACAUGCAUUGGCUCCUGGAUGUUGGUCCUGAUGGAGAACUGCAAGGCCACGUCCUCCUACAACCUUUCAUCGCUGCUAAGCUCGACACUCUGCCAGAGAUUUUCAUCCUUGGAGAUGAGAAGAAAUAUAAUGGCUACUCCAACAAACGCCUGCAGGACCAGCAAGAGUACCGCUGCUUUGUUUUGGCUGAGCUAAUGGGUCACCAGUAUAGGACUUUAGCGGUCAGCCCGUUCUCAGAGACCUUCACGCUGAACUUCAGCGGGGUGAUCAGACACCCCCAGGAGGAUCCAGAAAUGCUGUGGGUGAUGGGUCCGGUCCUCGCUGUCAUCGUCAUCAUCAUAAUAGUCAUCGGUAUUUUACUCUUCAAGAGCAAACAGGAAAGGAAACGAACUUGUCCAGCGAAGGAUGAGCACAUCCUGGGGAUGAAAGAGUCAACAACGACUCAUGUGGUGGAUCCUGUGGAGAUGAAGAGGAUGACCUGUCAGACCCAAGGGAUGAAGGACCGUCCUCCUGUUGCUGUUUGUGACCUGGCAGAACACGUGGAGAGACUCAAAGCCCAUGAGUGUCUUCGCUUCUCCCAGGAGUAUGAGUCUAUUGAUCCGGGACAGCAGUUCACCUGGGAAAACUCCAACCUCGACGUUAACAAGGCAAAGAACCGCUAUGCCAAUGUCAUCGCUUAUGAUCACUCCAGAGUGACCCUCACUGCAGUGGAUGGAGUUCCAGGUAGUGACUACAUAAACGCUAACUACAUUGACGGCUACAGGAGACAGAAUGCCUACAUCGCCACGCAAGGACCCCUGCCUGAAACCCUGGCUGACUUCUGGAGGAUGGUAUGGGAGCAGAAGACCUGCACCAUCGUUAUGAUGACCCGUCUCGAGGAGAAGUCACGGGUUAAGUGUGACCAGUACUGGCCCAGUCGAGGCACAGAAACUUAUGGGAUGAUCCAGGUGACCUUACUGGACACCGUGGAGCUUGCUGCACAUGUCAUAAGGACAUUCACCAUCAGCAAGAACAAUUCAAGUGACAAAAGGGAAGUUCGACAGUUUCAGUUUUUAGCUUGGCCGGAUCAUGGUGUUCCUGAGUACCCAACGCCGUUUCUGGCCUUUGUUCAUCGAGUGAAGGCUUGUAAUCCUCAGAGAGCUGGACCCAUGGUGGUUCACUGCAGUGCGGGAGUGGGGCGCACAGGCUGCUUCAUCGUCAUUGACGCCAUGCUGGACAGACUGAAGCGUGAGAAGUCGGUGGACAUUUAUGGUCAGGUGACUUGCAUGCGAGCUCAGAGGAACUACAUGGUGCAAACAGAGGAUCAGUACGUGUUUAUCCAUGACGUCUUGCUGGAAGCCGCUAUGUGCGGCAGCACCGAGGUUCCUGCUCACGGCCUGUACGCCCACGUGCAGAAGCUCAGCCACAUCCGUCCUGGAGAGACGGCCACAGCCAUGGAGCAGGAGUUUAAAAAACUGUCCAAUUAUAAAGCCCACACGCUGAGAUUCAUCAGCGCCAGCCUACUGUGUAACAAGUUCAAGAAUCGUCUGAUGAACAUUCUGCCCUUUGAGUCGACUCGUGUCUGCCUGCAUCCAAUAAGAGGGCUGGAAGGCUCUGACUACAUCAACGCCAGUUUCAUUGACGGGUACAGGAAGCAGAAGGCGUACAUCGCCACCCAAGGUCCACUGCCGGAAACCACAGAGGACUUGUGGAGGAUGCUGUGGGAACACAACUCCACCAUCGUUGUCAUGCUCACCAAACUUCGCGAAAUGGGACGGGAGAAAUGUCAUCAGUACUGGCCAGCAGAGCGUUCUGCUCGUUAUCAAUACUUCACUGUGGACCCCAUGGCUGAGUACAACAUGCCAGAGUACAUCCUGCGAGAAUUCAAGGUCACAAACUCCAGGGACGGUCAGUCAAAGACCAUUCGGCAGUUUCAGUUCACCGGCUGGCCAGAGCAGGGAGUUCCCCAGAGGGUGGAGGGCUUCAUCGAUUUCAUCGGCCAAGUUCACAAAACUAAGGAGCAGUUUGGCCAAGAUGGGCCUAUCACUGUGCACUGCAGUACCGGGGUUGGGCGGACUGGAGUCUUCAUUACUUUGAGCAUAGUGCUGGAGAGAAUAAGGCAGGAGGGAGUGAUCGACGUCUUCCAGACGGUCAAGGUCCUGCGGACACAGAGGCCGGCCAUGGUGCAAACAGAGGAGCAGUACCAGCUAUGCUACAGAGCUGCUCUGGAGUAUCUUGGAAGCUUUGAUCACUUUGCAACAUAACCUUCAGAAGACUUUGGUGUUUUCUGAGCUGGAUCCUCGAUGCACCACAAGUUUGUGAGGUGGAGGAGGAGACUACAAGCGGGACUGGUCAAUAUGACACCUGCCAGACUCAGGAGAGGUGAAAGGGCAGAAGAGACCGUGGACUACUGCCAUGAAGCUGCUACAGACCCCCUCAUGACAGUCUACUGGAAGCCAAUCAGAAAAGACUUGUGUUGAGCUUUUACCACAUAUCAAUUACUUUACUGUCCAAAUUUUAUGAAAUUAUUCAAGUUCUUUAUUUUUUUAAAUCCAUAUAGUGAUAUGUUCAUAAUUUAAUUAUUUUGUCUGGAGAACAUGAUUUGAAAGAACAUUCAUACUAAGCCACUACUAUGAUUAUAUUUUUUCAGACAUCUGAUAUUUUCAUGUCAUGGUGAUUAUCCACAUAAUUACCUGAAAAUUAAGUAUGACUGCAGCACAGGUGGAGUGUUGCUGAAAGCUCUGUCACAUCCAUCACAUGAAGCUGUUCUUGAUCUGUCAGGUAACAUCUGUAAAACGAGCUCAGUAUUUUCCUAAUGUCAGCAGUAAAAACAUUUUAGAGGUUUUAAUGAAUGAUACUGUCAUUUACAAAAAGGUGUCAGAAAAAUCUCCCCUCAGAUGCAAUGGUAAUAACUGCUUCUUCCUGCUAAUAUUUAUAAGAUGUUUUUUUUUAUUUUUAUGUAUAACCUCAACAUGUCAUACGGACUCAAACCUAACUAAGGUUUUAUGACAUUUUUUAUGCACGCAACACCUUGAUCUUUCUUCUUCCGGUAAUUCUUUCCUGGUGGUCAGACUGUGUGUGCCCAGCAGUUUAAGGUUGCUGCAGCCUUGAACUAUGGAGGGAUUUUGGUGCCAUUAUUCCAAGUGAAACACUCACUGUUUUGAGCGUAAAACUUAAAAAAUUUUGUGUGCUCGAAAUUUUUUUUAAAUUGUGGUUCAUGUCUGUGAUAGGCUGGCUUUUGUGGCACAGGUGCCCUGCUCUGUUUCGAGGAGGUGAAAGUGUUUUGAUUGCAGUAUUUUUUCAAGUGCAAAAUAAUUUUUUAAGCACGCAAAAUUUUUAAAGGGUCUAUAUUAUGCUUCUCUUAAGCCUUUCAGAGUAAAUAUAUGAUAAUAUAUUACCUUUGGCACACUAAAGAAGGAAUUUUUUAUGAAAUAUUAGUUAUUUUUGCAGUUCAUUUUCCUACGCGGAAGUAAGACGCCUUAAUCUCUGAGGCACCGCCUCUCACUCCGUGUGGGCGCUGCUCGUUUCAUGACGUCAGCCCAGAGCCGGCCUCGGCAGCAUGUCUGCGUUUGGCCAAAGCAAACAAAGAAGAUCUAAACUUUUGCAAAGAUGGAUGUGCAUAAUGUGCAUAGAAAAAGAAAGAGUUCAGCCGAUCACUGCUAGCUCCACGGAGAAAGUGGGUGACAGCCUGUGGGGCGGUGCUGAGAAUCUUUCUGGAAGGGGCCGUUCUCACUUGCCUACGUAACAAUGUGAGAACCCACUCGUUUUGGGGGAUUGGGAGGGGCUGGUGCUUAAAGGAAUACUCUGAAUACAAAGCUCAAAAAGUUGAUUUUGCUUGAUAUAGACCCUUUAACGUUAUACGCUCAAAACAGUGAGUGUUGUAAAAAUCCCUCCAUACUAAUCUGGCUGGUCUAGCAAUGAUGAGCCUGUACCCAACUAUCGGUACCAUAAUUUAUUAAAAUCCUUCCAAAAGCCAUUCUUUGUCCUUUUUUCUGCAGUAAAGGCACUGUCAAAGAGUUUUGGUCACAAAUAAGAGCCAUUUUAAGCCUGACAAGUUAACUAUGUUCUCAAGCUUCAAAGGAAAAUUUAGAUUAUGUCAUAAUCUUUGUUCUGUGUUUAACCCCAUUUACAUUUACAUUAAAAGAACUCAAGAGAACAGUGAUGCUGUGGUUAGCGCUCUCGCCUCACAACAAGGAGGCACGGUUUGAAUCCUGGCUGUGUUCUUUCUGUGUGGAGUGUACAUGUUCUCCUCGCACAGGCAUGGGUUUUCUCUUUUUGGCUUCCUUUUGCAGUCCAAUAAACAUGCUUCAUAGA